AAUUCUAUAGUCAACCCCUUACUGAAAUGUAUUCAACCGAUCUUUCUACAUAAAAAAAGCAUGGACUGUUUAAAAAUUGCAACAGAGUAUUUCAGUGUCAAUCGACACAUUUACAUGUUUAUAUAUGAAUUUGAUUUUACAACACCCACAAUCGUUGGAAACAAAAGUGCGUAGGCAAUUUUAAACCAAAUUUAUAGGUUAACUAGAUUGGGUUUCAUUAUAGUAACCAAUCUGUGCUUUAUAAAUAAACUGGGAAAAACAAAAACAAACUACUUUUAACAUAGCUUUGAUUGCUUCACUUAUUCUGAGGACAUAAGUUGAAUUAUAAGUUUUUAGUAUUUCGGUUAUUUGGAUACGGUAGUGUUGUUUCUUUGGAUUUCGGUGACGAUAAUCAUGGCAUCAGCAGACGUUGGUAUGGCGUACCAGCCACCUUCUCAAAUAAGUCCUCAGAGUGGUAAUAUGACAACAUCAACUAAAGUGCUUAAUCUUUCGAGAGCCCAAGUCAACUUGGCUCAACCAGCAUAUGGUGCCUAUCCAACAUCAGUAUCCCCACAACAAUCCACUCACACAAAUGCUUAUAAUUAUGCAACGCAACAAAGUCAAUCACCCCCAUUUUAUGCUUAUCCCAGUCAGACAGGAGUUGGACAACCUGAUAACAACUUUAAUAAAACAGGUUUUCAAAAUUUUGCGCAACCCCAAGUUUUCACAAUUGGUUCUAGUCAGGCGUCUCAAAUGCAGCCAACUCAGUAUCGACAGCAAAUUCAACAGUCUCAACAACCGCAACAGUAUCGAGUUGUUGCAACUCCUUUGCAAACUACAAACAUGGAGCAACUGAAUGCUUAUCCUGUAAGUCAGAAUAAUUCGCAACCUUCUUACAACACUCAACCAAAUGUCAUUUACUUCGGUCAGUCUGGACAAACUCAGCAGCAGUUACCGCUACAGCAACCUUACCAUCCAGAAACACAACAGCAAGCAGGUCAAGUGGUAUAUGCAAGACCAGCCAGUCAGUCUUACGCUCCUCCAGGAACUGCCUAUCCAACUCAAGCACAAUUUACACCACAGGCUAACACAGGCGCAUUAUCCUUUCAGCCAACCAAUCAGCUAACACCUUCGUCCCAGCCAAUCAGCGUUCAGCCCGGUUAUCAGGUUAAUCAAACAGGCCAGCAGAAUUUUAAUCAGGCAUCAAGAUUUCAACACGUGUCAAAUCCUCUACCACCUUCACAAACUCCCCAGUUUCAAGUGCAAAAUCAACAAGUUUAUUCUCAAAUUCAAUCAAAACCUCAAUCACUAGCACAACCUUACACUUCACAAACUAAUUUUAAUCAAGUUGAACAGAAACCAACACAAGUUGCACAAUCCACUUGGAGUGCACAAGCUAAUAAUCAAGUAAUUGAUAACAGAGAAAGACAACAAUAUUAUCAACAACAACAACAACAACAGCCAGUUCAAACUUAUCAACAAGUUCAAACUAAUCAAUUCAACACACAGAAUACUUUACCACCUAUUGUAUCUAGUCAAGGAUUUGAUCAACAAGUACCCAGACGUAUACCUUCUGGUGGUCAGUCAAAACAAAUUAAGGUCAAAUCACUGCCAAUGCGUAAUUCGGUUAGCAUAGAUGGUAUUGACUCAUCUGGUCCACCACAGUUUGUUGUCCAUCCUGUAGGCCAACUAACCAUAGCAGAAGGUGAACCAGCUAAUAUAACUGCUCGUGUACGUCCGGCUGGUGAUAGUACAUUGAUUGUUGAAUGGUAUAAAAAUGGCAAGCCAUUACCAGCAGCUUCUCGUUUCACAACGACAUUUGAUCGAGGCUACGCAGUGCUCGAUUUUCUAUACGUGAAUGAGGAUGAUAAUGGAGAUUAUUCCUGUGUAGCAACGAACAGUCAAGGCCAAGACCAAUCAAGCAGUUGUCAUGUGACAAUUAUACCAGAAGAGGGAGUUGUCACUGAAACUCAAUUACCAGAAGAAUCUAUGAUUGCAAAUCUAGCUAUGAUGGAAGAUCAUUUAGUAAGAAAUGGAUUAGAUAGAGCUAAUCGUUAUCAUGACGAUAUACGUCCAACAAAUCCACCAAAUUUUCUUAAGCCACUUGCACCACAAGUUGGUCUUCGUGAAUCGGCUCCAGCACAUUUCGAAACAUGUGUAGAACCCACAAAUGAUCCUUCGUUAACCGUUGAAUGGUAUAAAGAUGGCAAACCUGUUAGCAUGGGCUGUCGUUUUAAUGCUGUAUUGGACAGGGGAUUUGCUAUGCUAGAUAUUCAUUAUUGUUAUCCAGAAGACAAUGGAGCAUACUUUUGUGUAGCACGCAAUGCAGCAGGACAGGUACAAAGCAACGUGGUUGAAUUACAAUGUAAUGCAGAUGAACAUAUUGUCACUAGUUCAGUAUUAUCGAAAGAAUCAAUUACAUAUCUUCAAAGUUUGGAUGCUUGGGAAAGUGAUGCAAUGGCAGGUUAUGAUACAGUUAAAAGAGAAGAAGAAGAACCGCCAUCUGCACCGUCAUUCGAUAUUCUCCCUGUUGCUGUCACUGUCACUGAAGGUUCGCCGGCUAAAUUUAUUGUUAAAGCAGGUGGUUAUCCAAGGCCUAAAAUAUUCUGGUAUAUUAAUGGGGAAUUGAUAGCCUCAUCUGGAGGUGGAGGAAAUUGGAGAAUAUUUCAAGAUGGUGGUAUUAGUAAUUUAGAAUUUCAUCGUGUUGGUACACCUGGUGAAUUACAUAUUAAAGCUGUUGCAAGAAAUAAUAUGGGUGAAGCUGCUGCUGAAACAAUAUUGAUUAUUGAACCACAAUUAGACUUUAGACCAGAUCUACGUCAUGUUGAACCAGAAAAUCCAUUCAAAAAACUUGCGCAAUUGAAGAAGGUAAAAUGUAGUGAUGAACUUUCAUCAGCUUUUCGUAAACCAAAGGCCCAAGCGCUUGAUUUACGACGUUUAGAGCGAGCACUUGAAAUUCGUGGUCGAUCUGCUGCUGGUGUAGAUGUUGAAGAAACAGAAAAUCUAUAUUCACGUGUUCAAUCUCAAUUACGUACUAAUAGACGUUCUAGUGUACCACCAAGAACACCACCACCUUCACAACCUCAACUACAGAAUGUUCAACCAAAUAAUGUUCAGUAUCAAAAACAAACAACAGCACCAAAUACACAACAGUAUCAGGCACAACAACAAAAUUUCCAACCACCAGCAAUGCAAAAACCAACGCCUGGACCUCAAUUUCAAGCUCCGAUACCACCACCACAACAACAGCAGCAACAGCCGAAUACAACAGUGAUCAGGUUGAAUGCAGCACCUAAUCAACGUCCGGACCAGCCUUCACCGCCUAUACAAAUGUUACAGCCAUUAACAAUUAGUCCACCUGGACAAACACAAACACCAGUUGAAUCACCACGGAAUGUUCCAUCUCCUGCUAAGCCAACACCACCACCACCACCACCGCCACCGCCACCACCAUCUAUGGCGCCUGUUGCUCAAAAUGUGACAUUGCCCCCACCACCGUCAUCGCCCAUAAUGUCACCACCGAUUGUGAAUUCUACUAAUUCAUAGGUUUUGCUAACACAGUAAGUUACUUAAAAUAGAUGCACUUUAUCUAUAAUAGUAGAUUUUCUAAAUUUAUUCCUAGUUAGUUUCACUGAUUGAUAUUAUCAUUUAGUAAAAAGUCAUUUCAGGUAGUUUGUAAACUAACAUAAUAUAUUACCUUAUUAUUCUUAUUUGUAUGCAUCAUUGACCUUUAUAUAUUUCUCCAUGAGUUUUACACACUGAUCAUCUGUACAUCUAUACUUUAGUAGUUUUCAUUGCAUGUGUAUGAUGAACAGUAUGAAGUGAUUACUUUCAUACUGCACUCUUCUAAUAUAAUUAUUAUUAUCAUAAUGAUCAUGAUCAUUAUCAUUGUCAUUAUUAUCAUCCUCAACAAUCGACUCCAUCAAGUCACAUGAAUCCAUAUUUUCCUAUAGAAUAAUUCGACUUUUCUUUAUACGUGUACAUUCAUACGUCCAUUUUCACCUUUCAUACGUGUAGAUCCUUCUAUGUAUGUGUAUGUAUGUGUGCAUGUUUAUGCUUGGUAAUUUGAAUGUUGUAGACUUAGACAUUUUCAUCGUAGCUAUUCGUUAUUAUUUCUAAUUAUUCUUAUUGUUUAGUAGUGGUUAUAACUACUUUUAAGUAAUAUGAAUCGAGAUAAUUUCAAAUAGAUGCAUUUUACGAUUGUUGUUGCGAUAACAUAUCCAUCCAUUCAAUCUAAAGGUAAUUUUUUAUCAUGGAUCAGUAUAAACUGAAGAGUCUUUGUUACAAAAUUAGAAUUCUAGUAAAGUCUAAUCAUUUGUUGACUAAAUGUAUACUGAUGUGAGAUCUGAAACAAAGAUGAAACAACUCUCUAUUAUCCUUUAUUCUUCAAUAAGUUCAAAGAUGAUGUCAGUCUGUGGAAAUAGAAUAUUCUUCUCCUUAUUUAAACAAGAAAAAUAAUCGAAAGUCUAUUGACUGACAAAAAAGUAGCUACUUUUUUAACAGAAGAGCCGAUUAACCACUUUUUUUUACGGAGUUCAACUCAUUCACGACACAAACAAUAACUCGUUAUGUGGUGUACCUACUUAAGCUGGCACAUAUGAGUAGUGUGUAGCAGCAAUCAGAAGUGGAAUGUCUGUCAGCAGGAGAUUAAGAAGAUUGAAUUGAAGAGAACAAAAAAGUAAGCAGAGAUCAAUUGUAAUAACGACUGAAUUGAAAGAAUCACAAAACAUGUUUAAGAUAACUGGAAGAUGUGCAAACAAUGUAUUUAACGUAUGGUUUUCAUAUUUCACGAAGACAAUCUGUAAUUUUGCAUUAAAUUAAAAAAAUGGUUUACUCCACUUGAAUUCUCGUCCACUACAAAUACAGUGAACAGUGGAGCGAACCAAAAAAUGAACGGAAGUAACCAUUUAUCUCACAUAAUUAGUUACCUUACUUGAAAUGAUUGAGAAAUAACACUUGGUCAAGUAUUGUUUCACUCUGUCAAAAAACGACUGUGGAUAAAGAAAGUGGAUCGAUCUCCCAUUAUUGAUAAGAAUAAUUAUCAUGUCGUAUAGCUGACGGUACAUUACACGUUAUUUAGAGUUAAAAUAUUCUCUUCUGUAUUAAGAAUAAUCAACUGUACAGUAAAUUAUUUUUAUUAAGCUCGUUAUGGGACUGAGGUAUACAAUGCUUCGAAACAUGCAUUUGGAUGGAUUAAAAUAAAUUUUACAUAACUUCAGACUUAUUUCCAUCAACGAAUUUGUCAUAGUCCUGGAGUCAUUGUCAAAAUAUAGUUAAUAUAAUCCAUGAUUGAUGUUUCAUGACACUUAUUCGAAUAUCAAGUAAGAUGUUAACUUCAGUUUUAAUUAGUUGUCUUUGUACAGAUGAUUAGAAAUGCUAGAAGAUUCUAACCAAACUAGAAAUCAUUUUGAUUACAAGUUAUUAGAAGUUGUAGACGCUUACGUCGGAAACCGACAUGAAAGAUGAAAAAUACUUUAACAAGUUUAUGGUAAAAUUCAUUGAAUUUCACAAUUUACUGUAUAUAUUGGUAAUAACAGUUUGUAGAGAUUGUUUAUUUGACUGACAUAACAAUGAAUGUGAUAUUUUUUAGUAUCAGAAGGGGUUUUGUAGAUAUUAUAGUAAUUUUAAUAGUUUAGAUCAUGAGUCAAUUGAAACUAGACCACUAUGGAAACCCCGAAAGCACUGGACGGCCGUCUCGUCUUAUUGUGGGACUCCUUAACAGUGCGCAUCUUUAUCUUUAACGAUAAGAUUUGAUGGUAUAACUAUGAAGAUUAAAAAAAAUAGACAUGAUAUUAAAACAAUUGUAGUUUGAAAUUAUCAUUCUCACUAGUCGCCGGAUUAAUGCACAACUUAUAACAACUUCCCUCUUUCCAGUCCUCAAACUUGUUAUCCAAUAAUAUUUAUACUUUUAAAAUGGUACAAUUACUUAUUAUUAUUACUUAAGGAUAGAUAUAAGAGCCAAUAAUUUCUAUAAUGAUUACCUUUGUUUCAAAAAAAAUUUGACUGAAUAUUAGUAGUCACUCUACCUUUAGUUCAGACUGAAAUUCGGACGUCUUUACAGCCAGCGAUAAUCUGUUGUUUUUUUCCAGAAUGCUAUCUCUUUAUAUAAUUGAGCAACAAUGUGUACACCUAAAUAGAUUGAGCGCAUGUUUUAUGAAUAUUUAAACUAACCACUUUAUUUUUGUUUUUAAUUUUUAUGAUCAUCUCCUCAAAAUAUGUCUUUAGUAGUAAAGAGAAAAGCCACAGUCGUUUACAUGAUUGACUUCUAAUUAGACAUUAGAUGAGUAAAUGUUGAAGAUGAUGCAAUUCUCUGAUCCUUCACCUACUCAAAUGGCUUAUUCUGAUGCUGUCAGCGCAGACUUCACUAUUCAACUUUAAUAUAUUUUGUGACAAAUACAAAAUAAUAAAAUAAAACAGAACAAAACAAAAUAUAUUAGUGAAUUAUCAAUGCUUAUCAAUAAUCAAUAAAAUAUUUAUAUUGAUUUUGAAAGAAUUCUAACAUUGUAAUCUCAGAUUACAUUGAUCUUCAGUUUCAUUUUACUCUAAUCAACCAAUAAGCUUUUACAAACAGACAAAAUUAAAUAUAUUCUCAACAAUUGCAUUUGGCUUCAUGUAUGUCUUACCCUUUCACAACUAUCGCUAUUAUUAUUACUAUUAUCAUCAUCAUUAUUAUUAUUAUAACCGGAUGAAUUCGCUUAAAGCACACAACCUGACAUGACUCCACUAAAAAAAGAAAUACAAAAAUGCAAACGCCAUUACAAACCAAGAUAGUUUACAUUCAAUUACACUUGCUGAAUAACAAACUAGACAAUAUAUUGCAUGCAUAUUCACUUAAUUUAUCGUUAACGGUACUUUUUCUUUCUCUCCAUCCGUCAGUAUAACAAAACGAAGCGUUACAUUGUUUAUUGAUGACAUUUAAUGAAUUCUAACGUCAUUUAUUCAAAGUUUAUAUUUAUCUAUAUCUUAGAGAUGAAAGCAUUCAAGCAACCAACCAAUCAGCCAUUCAUUUAGUAUAGUUCACAAGGAUUUAUGCCCUAAUCAAUUAUCAUUCGAUUCUGUUAUGUUUAUGUAUGUGCAUACAUUCUUCUUAUCACAUUAAAAGAAAUGAAGAGUAAUAUUGUUUUCUCUUUUAAUGGUAAAAUGAAAGUAGAUGUAAACAUUAACGGCUUAUUUUUUAUUUCUAUACUAAACUAGACUUUAGAUUCACACUUUGUCUAGAAACAAAAAGAAAAAAAAAGAGAAAAGAAAUGAUCAAAUGAAAAUCUUUAUUAGUUAAACUGUCUGUCUUUUUUUGUAAACUUCGUCUUAGUUACUGUAGAAAACAUGCAUACAUACAUACAUACAUACAAAAAGAAGGAAAGAUUCAGAUACAUGGAAAACCUUGAAUACAACCUUGACAUUAGUUGGUAUUAGUUUCUAGUUAUUUAAAUUUUCACUGUUACCUACCUACAUUUCCCGUUCCUUCAGCUAUUCUGAUAAAUUAAUUUAGACAAACAUUUUGUUUUCUUUAAAGCAAAAUAUAAUUCAAUCCUACAAUAUUGUUUAUAUUUACCUUUUCAAUUAUUACGGACGGAAAUAAUGGGAUGUGCAUGUACGUAAGCAAGAAAACGGCAAUACAUUUUUACAAAGUAUUCGAUUAUUGCUUUCAAUUUACAAAUCUUUGUAUGGUUUAUUGCAAUGCUUUUUACCCUUAACCCUUAUCCAAUUAAAAAUCAACAGUUUAGUUUUUAAAAAAAAGUUGAUAUUUCUUUUGAAUGG